AAAAUUUACCUGCCUUUCCAUCCCUCUCUCAUCACUUUUGUUCUCUCUGAUCAUCCCUGUCUUUCAGUCCAAUCAAAUGGAAAAAACCCACUUUUUCUUAAUUUAAAAUCUCCAUUUUACAUCUGUAUCUGUGUCUUCUUUGGCCUUUUUCCUUGGCGUAUAUGUACCUUGUUCUGUAUUUUUUUUGGUAAAGUGAAUGCUGGAAUGUGGAAUCAAAGAACAAAUUAAAGAGAAAGAGGUGGCUUAGAGAGAGAGACACAUUCAUUCUAGAGAGAGAGGGAUCAAAUUUAUGAGUGAUUCGGGAGGGAGACACAUUCUAGAGAGAGAAAAGGAGGUAGAGAGAGAGUGUGUUCUGAGCUCUACGAUUCAACUUCAGUUUUUGAAUGGGUGAGAGAGAGAGACAAAGGAACAUUCCCAUAUGGAAAAUGCGGGGAUUGGGUUGAUUGCUCCACAAGAAACAGAGGAAGAGAAAGGAUUGAGUAGGCAUUGUUCAGUGUUAUAGCUAGUUCAGAAUGUUUGGUUUUCAGCAUAGUGUUGUUUUGGAGGAAUUUAGUUGAAAUUUGAUGGCACACAUAUAACCCAAAUUCUAGUUUGGAAAAACCGGAUUUUUCUUUUGAUUCCUUGAUUGGUUUUCCAAUAGGGGCUUGAGCCUCGGAGAAGAUAUGGGUUUUAUGAAGUUCUCUGGUUUCUGGUGCUUGUAAUGGUGAUUUUACAACGAAAACACUUGUGUAUUGGAGUAAAGCACAGUUACUUUCUUUUGAUCGAGAGGAUUUUUCAUGGUUGAGAUAGAAUUUCAGUGAAGUUUUAGUUUCUGUUUUCUUUUAUGGUCAGUUUUGGAUAUGGAAAACCAGGUUUCAUUGAUUGUCACUGAAGUCUUCUAUGGCGAUUUGAACUGUUUUUUCUGAGAGUUUAGGUGAAAUGCUGAUAGGGUUUUGUUCGUUCGCUGUAAUGGCGGUUUCCGUAUUGGAGAAGCCCGAGCACCUUGCUUCUUAGAGAAUCUCCAUGGUGGGUUUUGUCCUCGAGAGAGAAAAUGGAAGAAUAAUCCGGCUUCUGUUUCUAUCCAUGGUGAUGGUGGUUUUCUACUGGAAAAACCAGAGCUCUUUACUCACUCCAGAGUUCUUUCAUAGUGACUUAAGCGGAUUUUCUUAGCUAGAGAAGGCUGAAUUCUACAUUGGUUUUCCCCAUUGAUUGUUGCAGAGUGGAAUAAGCACUCUCUUGGGCCUGUUGGAUAGGUCUGUGAUGUUGGAUUAAGCAUUUUCUCUUUAGAGAGAGGGUGGAAAUCUCUAAUGGAGGUUUCAGUUUCUACUUCUGCUUAUAGUGGUUUUUAGGGCCGAUCUGGUCUUUGAAGCUUUGUUGGUGGACAUUUGGGUUCUAAGUUCUGGGGUUUGGGAUAGAAGCUAGUAUGGAAGUGAGGGCUUUCCUUUAUUGGCAACUUUUGAGCCUGGUAUUGGCAUUGUUGGGUGAUUCAUCUUUUGCCACUCUCUCACCUUCUGGUAUAAAUUAUGAAGUUGUGGCUUUGAUGGCUAUUAAGAAUGAUCUGGUUGACCCACACAAUGUUUUGGAGAACUGGGAUAUGAACUCGGUUGACCCUUGUAGCUGGAGAAUGGUUACCUGCUCAGCUGAUGGUUAUGUUUCUUCUCUGGGAAUGCCAAGUCAGAAUUUAUCUGGGACCUUAUCUCCUGGAAUUGGAAACCUCAGUAAUCUGCAGAAUGUGUUACUGCAAAGUAAUGCGAUCAUGGGACCUAUUCCUUCCGAGAUUGUGAGGCUCCAAAAGCUUCAGGCCCUUGACCUCUCAAACAAUCGAUUCAGUGGGGCAAUACCCAGUUCAUUGGGGGACCUGAAGAACCUCAACUACCUGCGACUGAAUAACAAUAGCCUCUCUGGACCAUGCCCUGAUUCUUUGUCACGUAUCAAAGGCCUCACUCUCUUAGAUUUAUCAUAUAACAAUCUCAGUGGUUCUCUUCCCAGGAUGUCUGCGAGAACAUUCAAUAUUGUUGGGAACCCAUUAAUCUGUGGGCAGGAUUCAGCAGCGAACUGUUCAUCAAUUUCUCCUGAACCACUUCCAUUUCCUCCAGAACUUACAAAAGCUCAUUCCCAGUCUGAAGGAUCAAAAAUCCGAAGAGUGGUUAUUCCCCUUGGUGCAAGCCUUGCUUCCUUCUCUUUUCUCAUCCUAGUCAUCAUAUCGAUCCUUUGGUGGCGUCGAAGACACAACCAACAAGUAUUCUUUGAUGUUAAUGAGCAAUACGAUCCUGAAGUUUGCCUGGGUCAUCUGAAGAGAUACUCAGUUAAGGAGCUUAGAAUUGCCACUGAUGAUUUCAACAAGAAGAACAUAUUGGGGACUGGUGGGUUUGGGAUCGUGUAUAAGGGUUGCUUGCGUGAUGGCACGCUCGUGGCCGUAAAGAGACUCAAGGACGCGAAUGCUAUCGGGGGUGAGAGACAAUUCCAGACAGAGGUGGAGAUGAUAAGCCUUGCUGUGCACCGUAACCUGCUUCGCCUGUGGGGCUUCUGCAGCACGGAUACUGAGAGACUCCUUGUCUAUCCUUACAUGCCCAAUGGAAGUGUCGCUUCAAGACUUCGAGAUCACAUCCACAGCAAACCUGCGCUUGAUUGGGCAACGAGGAAGCGCAUCGCUCUAGGAACUGCUCGGGGGCUCCUCUACUUGCACGAGCAGUGUGACCCAAAGAUUAUCCACCGAGAUGUCAAGGCUGCCAACAUCCUAUUAGAUGAGGAUUUUGAGGCUGUGGUGGGAGAUUUUGGCCUUGCAAAGCUUCUGGACCACCAUGAUUCUCAUGUGACCACUGCUGUGAGGGGCACUGUUGGGCAUAUUGCACCCGAGUACCUCUCCACCGGGCAAUCCUCUGAGAAGACCGAUGUUUUUGGAUUUGGGAUUUUGCUUCUCGAAUUGAUCACUGGGCAGAAGGCUGUUGAUUUUGGGCGACUGGCCAAUCAGAAAGGCGUGAUGCUUGACUGGGUCAAGAAGCUCCACCAAGAAAAAAAGCUGAACCUGAUGGUUGACAAGGACCUCAAGAACAACUUUGACCGGGUAGAACUUGAAGAGAUGGUGCGUGUGGCCCUCCUAUGCACACAGUUCCACCCUGCUUGCCGCCCAAAGAUGUCAGAGGUAGUGCGCAUGUUAGAGGGGGAUGGCCUCGCUGAGAAAUGGGAGGCUUCUCAGCAAAAGGUGGAGACCCCAAGGUUUCGAGGCUCAGAAUUUUUUCCAAGAAAAUACUCAGAUCUCAUAGAGGAGUCUUCUCUAGUUGUGGAGGCUAUGGAAUUGUCGGGUCCUCGUUAGAAUGUGAAGAUUGAAUUCCUUGUAUGUUAUCAUUGCCCAUUUUUAGUUGUAUUCUUUCUCUCUCUGUAUAUUUAUGUAGCAUAUUGGCUUUGUUGUUUGUUUUCUGUGAGGUAUGGUUGUGAGGCUUGGAUGAAAAGCUCUUUGUAUUUAAUGAGAAGAAAUUUUGCAUUACCCUA